UUCCGUCUUCCCUGAAAACAUCUCUCAUGUCUCUCUCUCUACAAUCCGCAACCAGAAACGAGGAUCAACAACAUUAUUUCAGGGUUCUAAGAAAAUUCAACAAUCAGGUCGAACAGUCAAACCCACGCAAAACCCGAAUAUAAAUGCCAUUUCUCUCUUCCUUUUUCUUCUCUCUACAAUCCACAACCAGAAAUCAGGAUCAACAACUUAUUCGGGGCAAUUGAUUGAUCCCUUUAGGAAAAAGAUAAAAGUCACGCCGUUAGAAAUUACAAUCUUAUCGCCAUGUCGAUGUCUGAUUCCGAUACGUCGUCGCAGGGGAGCGAGUACAAGAAUUUUCGCCAAAUUAGCCGCGAUAGAUUAUUAUAUGAAAUGCUCCGAUCAGCCAAAACAGGGGACUCAAAGUCAAGUUGGAAGGUACUCAUCAUGGACAAAUUAACAGUUAAAAUAAUGUCUUACUCGUGCAAGAUGGCAGAUAUCACAGAGGAAGGAGUUUCAUUGGUGGAAGAUAUACACAAACGAAGACAACCUUUGCCAUCCAUGGAUGCCAUAUAUUUCAUCCAACCAACCAAAGAAAACAUUGUUAUCUUCCUUUCUGAUAUGUCUGGAAAAUCGCCAUUGUACAGAAAGGCAUUUGUCUUCUUCAGUUCACCUGUUUCCCGUGAAUUGGUUGCCCAAAUAAAGAAGGAUGGAAGUGUUUUACCUCGCAUUGGUGCCUUAAGAGAGAUGAACUUGGAAUAUUUCGCCAUAGAUAGCCAGGGUUUCAUCACUGACAACGAGAGAGCCCUUGAGGAUCUCUUUGGGGAUGAAGAAAGCUCUCGCAGAGGUGAUGCAUGUUUGAAUGUGAUGGGGACACGAAUAGCUACUGUAUUUGCUUCUUUGAGGGAGUUUCCAUAUGUGCGUUACCGUGCUGCUAAAUCCCUUGAUCCUACUACAAUGACCACCUUUCGUGAUCUAAUUCCUACAAAGCUUGCUGCUUCUGUUUGGAACAAUCUGAUGAAAUAUAAAGCCAACCUUCCUAAUUUUCCCCAGUUAGAGACAUGCGAGCUGCUUAUCUUAGAUAGAUCAGUAGACCAGAUUGCUCCGAUUAUACAUGAAUGGACAUAUGAUGCCAUGUGCCAUGAUUUACUAAAUAUGGAAGGAAAUAAAUACAUCCAUGAGGUUCCAAGCAAGACAGGUGGUCGCCCUGAGAAGAAGGAGGUUCUUUUGGAGGAUCAUGACCCUAUCUGGUUAGAGCUUCGACAUGCACAUAUAGCUGAUGCAAGUGAGCGGCUGCAUGAGAAAAUGACAAACUUCGUAUCUAAAAAUAAGGCUGCACAAAUUCAUGGCUCAAGAUCUGGUGGUGAAUUGUCUACUCGGGACUUGCAAAAGAUGGUUCAAGCUUUGCCUCAAUAUAGUGAACAAAUUGAAAAGCUAUCCCUCCAUGUUGAUAUUGCAGGAAAAAUUAACAAAAUUAUCAGGGAAUCUGGGCUUAAAGAUGUUGGUCAACUAGAGCAGGAUCUUGUUUUUGGAGAUGCAGGAACCAAGGAUAUUAUUAAUUUUCUUAGAACAAAAGAGGAUGUAUCGCGUGAAAAUAAAUUGCGAUUAUUGAUGAUUUAUGCUGCCGUAUAUCCUGAGAAGUUUGAUGAUGAUAAAAUCUCAAAAUUAAUGGAGCUUGCUAGACUACCACCAGAUGAUGCGACAGCUGUUUAUAAUAUGAGAUUGCUUGAAUCAUCAUCAGAUCACAAAAAGAGCUCAAUUGUACCAUUUUCUCUUAAGUUUGAUGUCCACAAGAAGAAGCAUGCUGCCCGAAAAGACAGACCUGGUGAAGAAGUGACAUGGCAAUUAUCACGUUUUUACCCUGUUAUAGAGGAGCUUGUGGAAAAACUUAGUAAAAGCGAACUACCUAGGAAUGAUUAUCCAUGUAUGAAUGAACCUAGUCCAACUAUUCAUGGAUCCUCUCAGGCUGCAGCAGCAAGGUCAGGUAACAUCCCAACGCCCCAUUCAAAGAGAUCAAGGAGAACAGCAACAUGGGCUCGUCCACGAAGCUCUGAUGAUGGGUAUUCAAGUGAUUCAAUUUUAAGGCACGCUUCUAGUGAUUUCAAGAAGAUGGGUCAGCGGAUUUUUGUGUUUAUUGUUGGUGGGGCAACACGUUCUGAGUUACGAGCUUGUCAUAAAUUAUCAACAAAGUUGCAAAGAGAAAUUGUUCUAGGAUCAUCCAGUCUCGACGAUCCCCCACAAUUUAUUACGAAGCUGAAGUUGUUGAGUGCAAACGAGUUGUCAUUGGACGAUCUCCAGAUCUAGAUAUUUACUGGUGGUGAAGCUGGAUAUGCAAUUUUAAGCUGACCUGCUUUGCAAUUGUAAUCAUAUGAACAUGGUAUUAUGCUGCGUCCCACUAUUCUUGUAUUUUCCUCUCACCGUGGCGUGCACAAAAUGGCUCUGUGGCAGUUGUGUUGUAAUUUAUUUGUCGAGGCUUUCUGGAAAUCCAUUCUGUGUCACAGUGUAAGUAUACUAUCUUUUCGCGUUAGAGUGGAAAUUUUUUGCAGUA